AUGGAAAAUCCUGGUUUAUUUAGUUUAGAUGAUGAUAAACUUGGAAAAUUAUCUUUACAAAUUGAUCCCACUUUUAAUAAAACAAAUUGGUGGAUUGAUAUGAUUAAAUGUAAAUAUACAUCAAAUGAACAAUUAAAAGUUAAAUUAGAUGUUAGAAUGGAAAAACCACAAAAUCUUAAAAUGUGUGGAUGGUGCUAUGCUAGAGGAAAAAAUGUAUGGAAAACAUGGAAACGACGAUAUUAUGCACUUGUUCAGAAAUUAAUAUAUGUAUCUCAAUAUUGUUUUGCAACAUGUAGUUAUCGUGAAAGAAAAUUCGAACCAACUGAAAUGAUGCCACUUGAAGGUUAUACUAUUGAUUAUGCUGAACCUGAUAAUGGUUUAAUAAUGCAUGAUGGAAAAUAUUUUUUUAAAGCUGUACGUGAAGGUGAUGUUGUUACAUUUGCAACAAAUGAAGAAAAUGAACGACAUAGUUGGGUACAAGCAUUAUAUCGUGCUACUGGUCAAUCACAUAAACCAACACCACCAAUAACACAAAUUAAUAAAUCAAAUUCAACAUCAGGACAAAAAGAUCUUUCAGAUUCUGAUCGUUCAAAAAAUCUUGGUUUUGAUGAAUAUAUACAAAGUGAUCCAUGUAAAUUUGAUCAUCAUGAUUUAUUUAAAACAUUACAAACGGCAACAUUAGAUUUUCGACUUAAUGAUCCAUACUGUUCUUUGGGUUGGUUAAGUCCAGUACAAAGUUAUGUACUUGAAGAAUAUUGUUCUCGAUAUGGUGUUCGUGGUUGUUUAAGACAUCUUUAUUAUUUAAAUGAUUUACUUGAUAGAGCUGAACAAGGAUUUAUGAUUGAUCCUCAAUUACUUCAUUAUAGUUAUGUUUUUUGUACAUCUCAUGUUUCCGGAAAUCGACCUGAUAAUAAUGUUUCAACAAUAACUAUGGAAGAAAGAGAUGGAUUUAGUGAAAUAAAAGAACGAUUAAAACAAUUUCUUGAAAAUCAAGUUACUAAUUUUAGAUUUUCAUUUCCAUUUGGUCGACCCGAAGGUGCAUUAAAAGCAACAUUAAGUUUACUUGAACGUGUUCUUUCAAAAGAUAUCUCAACACUAAUAUCUCGUGAUGAUAUACGAAAUUUUAUUCGAAAAUGUCUUGAAAAUGCUGCAUAUACAAAUUAUACACGGGUUUCAGAUCAAGCCAAAAUUGAAGCUGAAUUAUGUAUUGAAUUAUUACAACAAGAUAGUGAACAUUAUCAAGAAGCAUUUAAACAAUAUAAUGAUUUAUUAAUUGAACAUGAAGAAAUUUUUUGGUCUUUAUUUGCUGUUGAUAUGGAACAUGUUAUUGAUCAACAACCUAUUGAAAGUUGGGAUUCAUUUCCAUUAUUUCAAUUAUUAAAUGAUUAUCUUCGUCAACAUGAUACAUUAUCAAAUGGUCGAUUUCAUCAACAAUUACGUGAUACAUUUGCUCCAUUAGUUAUUCGAUAUGUUGAUCUUAUGGAAUCAUGUAUUGCACAAUCAAUUCAUAAAGGUUUUGAAAAAGAAAAUCGGAAAUCAAAAACCAAGGACCUGUUUCGGGAAGUACUUAAAAAAUAA